CUAUACACAUCAUAUAGCUUUACGUUCUUCCCUCUCUUCACGUAGCUGCAAAAACUCGCGUCUCGUGCACGGAUCGUGCGGCGUUUACAAAUUCCUUUCGCAAGCGUUAAAAUCAAAGCACAAGUGUUAAAAGGAUUGUGAAUUUGCUGUGUGCGUGAGGAUUAUCAAUACCAUUGCAUCGCAGGAUAUCAGGAAGGGAUUUUGCGUUUCGUUCGCUUCAACUUUUCGUUGUCAUUGUGAUUUAGGAUGAAGCUGCUGCGUUCAGCAUCAUUGCUGGCCCUAGUGUUGCUGCUGGCCAUCAGCGCACGCGCCGAAGAAGAAAAAGCCGCCGAAACCAAAUCCGCUGAGCCCGCGAAAGAAGGUGCCGAGAAAGCCUCUGCCGCCGACGAUAGCGAGAGCACCAAAACCAAACGUGGUCUACAUCAUUUCGAGGAUUAUCACCAUUCGUACCAUCAUCCCAUUCAUGAGGAGAAAACAUUGACCAUUAUCAAGAAAGUGCCAGAGCCUUACCCGGUUGAAAAGAUUGUGCACGUACCCGUCGAGAAGCAUAUACCAGUGCCGAUUAAGGUCAAAGUGCCCAAACCAUAUCCCGUGGUCAAGCAUAUACCUUAUGAGGUGAAGGAAAUCGUAAAGGUGCCACAUGAAGUGCCCGCCCCCUAUCCAGUUGAGAAGAAGGUGCCCUAUCCAGUACACGUACACUAUGAUCGUCCAGUGCCCGUGAAAGUUUACGUACCCGCUCCCUACCCAGUUGAAAAGAAGGUGCAUGUGCCAGUGAAAGUUCAUGUGCCCGCUCCCUAUCCAGUUGAGAAGAAGGUGCAUGUGCCAGUAAAGGUGGAAGUUAAGGUUGAGAAACCAUACCCAGUUGAGAAGAUCGUGCACUAUCCAGUCAAGGUGCAUGUCGACAAACCUGUACCUUAUCAUGUAGAAAAACCAGUACCAUACCAUGUGGAGAAACCAGUGCCAGUGCCAGUUAUCAAGAAGGUGCCCGUUCCAGUACAUGUACCCUAUGAUAACCCCGUGCCUGUGCACGUUGACAAACCAGUACCAUAUGAAGUGAAAGUGCAUGUGCCAGCACCUUACCCAGUUAUCAAGGAAAUCCCAGUCAAGGUUGAAAAACAUGUGCCCUACCCAGUCAAGGUACCAGUCGAGAAACCAGUGCCCGUUCACAUUGAAAAACACGUACCCGUCUACCAUGAGAAACACAUCUCCUAUAAGGAACCCGUUUUCGUGCACAAGGAAAUCCAUGAACACGAGCCCGUCCAUCACCAUGAAGAAUAUCAUGAAGAGAGCCACGACUUUGGUGGUCAUGAGGUGGAAUCAUAUGGCGAAUACGAACAUGAGGAGCAUGAAUACUAAUAUGGCAAUUCUAUCUCUCUCCAUCUCUCUCACUCAUAUACCUCAUUCACACAUAAUGCCCAUAUGCCUUUGCCUUGCUCUCCGUCUACGUAAACUCCGUCACACGUCUGCUCCUUCCCUCUCUCUCCCUCUUUCUUUCGUUACAGCAUUGAGAAAAAGUUGUGAAUAAAGACCUUUGAACACUCGACGUUCAGACGAACCAGAGAGAAAGCGAGCUAAAGGAUAUGGAUGAUGCGACUCGAAAGACGAAAAAUAUGAAAAGUGAGAUGAAUUGAGAAAAAUUUACCGUAACCGCGUGAUCGUGAUAAUGGAACGUUUUGGAACUCGAAUUAGGCGAAACGUUUUGGAAUUUGAGAAACACGUACUACACACACAUAAACAUAACUGAUCUUUUACCAAUUAUUAUUAUUAUUAUUAUUUUUAUUUGUUUCGUGUUUUUUUUUUUUUUGUUUUUUUUCGUAUGUACAUUUAUGAUUGCGAUUUUAGUUUAAGCCAUAAUUUUUUAUGCAAACUCAACAUUAACAAACUUUUUUACAUACAUAUAAAUAGUUGUAAGUGUUUUUUAAGCAGUUUUCAAGUUGUACAAAGGAAUAUAUGACACAAUAUUCCGACCAUCAGUGAUAUUUGGCGCCGUUGAGACACGUCCAACAGGGUGGGGUUCCUGUGACAUGGCCAAUCGCGUCCUCCGCACACCACCAGCACAUUCAACAGUUUGUGAACACAAUCCUAAAAACACUUGCUCUACUCUGGGCGCAUGUGGAAUAUUUUGGAGCUGCAGUCGCAAAUGGAGCGUUGCCGGUGGCGUUCGAGUUCGUUCGUUAAGUGAUAAAUGAUCUUGUUGUUGUUUUGAGUUAAUUUACUCCCAUUGGAGGUAAUAUGUAUACGAAUAUAUUGCAUAUGUAUAUUUGUAUAUGUAGCUAUGUAUGUAUGUAAGCUAUAAGUCUUAGCUAAUGCGAAUGCGUAAAAGACUUGCAAGUGAUUCAAUAUGAGAUUCCCUUUAAUGCUACUUAUAUAUAUAAGAGUAUAACUGUAUAUGUAUAUGUUUGUAAAUAUAUGUAAACAUUUCUCUUAGCGAAGUAAUAGUGUUAAUCGUGCUGUAAUAUUGCAAUAUAUAUUUUUAAUGAUUUUAUAAUUACAUUAUUACUUAGCAAAAUAUGCAACACAUACCUGCAAAGAUUUAUAUGCAAUAUUCUUAUACGCAAAUUGAAUACAACUUACAUACAUACCACUUAUAUAUAAUAUAUAAAUACAUAUCAUAAUCUUCGAUAUUCGUAUUAAACAGAGAAUAAAUCAAAACAAAAAAAAGAAACAAAAAAUAAAAAAUAAAAAAAUUAGCUUAAGUGAUGCUCCUGUGUGAGUUAGUGUGACCGUAUUGUAUUAUUUUUUAAUUAAAUUUUUAAUUUUUAGUUUAUGAUUUUUUAUACGAACUUAUUAUGCUGCGAGAACAAAAGCUAAGCAAAAAACUUACUAAAAAUAUGUAACAAAAAAAACACAAAAAAUAUAAAAAACAAAACAUACUCUUUACUACUACCAAAUAACUGAUAAAACGUAUGAAAAUGUGUAAAUUGUUGAUGUAAUGUUGAGAUGUGAAAUAA